CUUACGGCAGAGUCUGGCGCGCGGAGGGGGAUCGCCGCCACCGCGGAGCCCUCGACUUGUAGGCCUUCCUCCCGGGAUUGGGUCCCAGGCCUCGGGCGCCGGGCGGCCGGCCUUCGAUACUUCUUUGUGGUUUUAUCUUACGUGAGAAGAAAACAUGGAUCCUAAAGCUUUGGUGGAAGCCAUUGUAGAAGAAGUGGCCUGCCCCAUCUGCAUGACCUUCCUGAAGGAUCCCAUGAGCAUCGACUGUGGCCACACUUUUUGCCACAGCUGUCUCUCUGGCCUCUGGAAGGUCCCAGGAGAAUCCCAGAACUGGGGUUAUACCUGUCCUCUUUGUAGAGCUCCUGUGCAGCCAAAGAAUCUGAGGCCUAAUUGGCAGCUAGCCAAUGUUGUAGAAAAAGUCCGACAACUAGGGCCAUGUCCAGAAAUGGGACUAAAGAGUGAUGUGUGUGAGCUCCAUGGGGAACAACUAAAGAUGUUCUGCCAAGAGGAUGGCGCCAUGAUGUGUAAGAGUUGCAGCCAAUCCCCAGAACAUGAGGCCCACUCUGUGCUGCCCAUGGAAGAUGUUGCUUGGGAGUAUAAGUGGAAACUCCAUGAGGCUCUGGAACAUCUAAGAAAAGAACAAGAAGAAGCCUGGAAGCUAGAAGUUAGUGAGAGGAAACGAACUGCCAACUGGAAGAUUCAAGUGGAAACUCGAAAGCAGAGUAUCAUAUGGGAGUUUGAGAAAUGCCAGCAACUGCUAGAAAAAAACAACCUACCUGUUCAGUACAUAGAGGUGGAGGCAGUGGCAGCUCUGGCCAGCCUGGAGCUAGAGAAGGAGGAGACAGAACACAAACUGGAGUUGAAUCACUUGAAGCUCAUCCAGCAGAGCCAAACCCUGUGGAGGAUGAUUGUGGAGCUAGAAGAGAGAUCACAGAGGCCUGCCCGCUGGAUGCUUCAGGAUAUUCAUGAAGUCUUAAACAGGAGCAAGUCUUGGAGCCUUCAGCGGCCAGAACCAGUCUCUCUCGAGCUGAGGACCAAUUGCUGUGUGCUGGGGCUAAGAAAGAUCCUGAAGACCUAUGCAGCUGAUGUGCGCCUAGAUCCAGAUACAGCUUACUCCCGCCUCAUCGUGUCAGAGGAUAGAAAAUGUGUGCACUAUGGAGACAUUCAGCAGAAACUGCCGGAUAACCCUGAGAGAUUUUACCGUUACAAUAUUGUCCUGGGAAGUCAGUGCAUCUCCUCAGGCCGACACUACUGGGAGGUAGAGGUGGGAAACAGGUCUGAAUGGGGCCUGGGAGUGUGUAAGGAAAAUGUAGACCGGAAAGAGGUGGUCUAUUUGUCCCCUGACUAUGGAUUCUGGGUGAUACGGCUGAGAAAGGGAACUGAGUACAGGGCAGGCACCAAUGAGUACCCACUCCUGUCCUUGCCAGUGCCUCCACGCCGGGUAGGAAUCUUCCUAGAUUAUGAGGCCCAUGAUAUCUCCUUCUACAAUGUGACUGACAAUUGCUCUCACAUUUUCACUUUCCCCCGCCAGCCCUUCUCUGGGCGCCUCCUGCCCUACUUUAGUCCUUGCUACAGCAUUGGUGCUAACAACACUGCUCCUCUCACCAUCUGUUCAUUGGAUGGGGAGGACUAGCAGUGCCACCAACCCAACCAGAGCUGGAUAUUUAGUCUAGCACAUAAGAACAGGAGGACCGGCCACUGACAUGUACCCAUGAACCAAGCUUAGAAUCCAGGGAUUUUUUUUUUUUUCUGCCUGACCCCGCAGUUUCUUGUUACAAGGCCAAAAUCUGUGACUAAGCUACUACUCAUAAGAAAGCAAAGCCCCAGAGUUAGUUGGCAGAUGCUUUAAUUCAGGUUUGCUGGUGCAAGCGAACUAUACAGUUGACCCAGUCCUUUCUCCUGACUAGAGGAAUGCCAGGCAGCAAGAAAACAUGACUUGCACAGAGCACCCAUUACAUCUCCCUGAGUAUAAGUGGGACAAAGCACUGUCCCUUAGGCUCAAAGGAGACCAGUGUUCCAGACCUGACUUUUUGCUAAUUGGUAUGAUCAGGAAGCUUGUGAGCCUUGGUUCUUGUUUUCACUUUAUGAAUAAGUAACACAAAAUGGCCUUAAUGAAGCAAAUUCUUUGUUACACAGCUCUGGAAGGUAAGGAUAUAAAAAAUAUUGUAAAAUGAUUUUCACAUUCAAAUCAAACACUAGUGACAAACUCCUCUGAUGUAUCUCACACGUAUCUAUAUAUCACUCAUUACAUUUGCAUCUGAAGCACCUCACAUGUUUGAGAAAAAUGGGUGCAAUUGCUCUUAAAAAGACAUAUUCUACUACCUCCCAGAGUUGUUACAAAAAUCCAAGAUCCAUCUCACACCUUAGGUCUUUUCUCAAGGAUAGAGGAAAGAGAACCACCGAGUCUUCACGUGCAACCUAUUACGUAUAGCCAGCUCCUUCACUGCAGUAACCUGGUUCUUUCUGGCCUCUCCAGACAGCCUAGAGCCCUUAAGAUUAAAAAGAGUCCAUGCCAUUGGAAUAGAGUAGUAUACUGUGCAUUGGAAUAAUAAAUAUGCUUGUUUCUGAACUUGAAUGGGGAGUGUGGCCUCAAGUCAGAAAGUAAGGAUAAUAGAAUAGGUAAAAA